AUCUCUGUCUCUGCAAUACACCGCCGCAUAAGUUUAUAAAGGGAAUUGGUGAUCGUAGAAAUCAGCUGUCACACAUAACAGUACCAAAGUUAGAUUUUGAAAAUGGCCAGCUCUCAAAUCAUGCGAAGCUUACGCUUCUUGCCUGCAAAAUUAACAAAUUCUAAUGGAUUAUUUGCGACAAACAGUUUUGUACCAUUUCAAUUCACCAAAUCGUUAUCGACCUUCAGUAAUAUUAAGCCUGUCCAUAAAGUGCUUUUGAAUAAACCUGCCCUUUGCAUUUCAUCAAUUCAGACACCGGUAAUACCAAAUGUUAAUGGAAGUCAAUUGAGAAUGGCAACUACUGGUGGCGAUCACGUACGUCUAUGGCAGAUUGAGAGAUUAUUAUCAACAGCUCUGAUUCCAAUUCUUCCUGCUUGUGUUAUUUUACAAAAUCCAGUUGUAGAUGGUCUAACGGCUAUCUUGAUCGUAAUGCAUAGUUACUGGGGUCUAGAGGCAGUAGUCAUCGAUUAUGCACGUCCUAUUGUUGUUGGUCCUAUUGUUCCUAAAAUAGCACAUAUACUUUUAAACCUUUUAUCUGCUGCCACACUUGCUGGACUUUUUGUGCUUAUCUAUAAUGGACCUGGCAUUGGAAAGACAAUUAAGAAUGUGUGGACAAUUGGUAAGGAAGAUUGAAUGCUUUAAAUAAAAAUAUUUAGAAAUUAUUGCAGUGAUGUUAUUAAAUAAUUUUGUAAUUAAAUGCAUAGGAUUCAAAAGUAAAUUAUUGUAUUAAGUAGUUGUACAUGAUUCAAGAAAUAAUGUAGUAUUUACUUAUUAUAUAAUCAACUAUU